UGGCGGACAAGCAUGAGUUUUGAGGUUACAAUAUUGAAAAAUUCGUGAUCACGAAAUGGGUUACGGGCUAAAACUUUUGGCUUUAUUCUCUUUUGUCUCGUUUCUCUAUGUUGCGGGAAUUUUUCUCUUCACGCGCGGUUUUCUUCUCAAGCGACUGGUUAUCAACGAAUACAGCCAGUGCAAGGAAACCCCUAACUUUUUGCUCUCGGAUAUACAAUAUUCGAGUGAUGCUGACGGAUGCUGGCUUAAGAAGAGAUACGAAAAGGCCGUGAUCCUCAUCAUCGAUGCCUUACGCUACGAUUUUACGGUAUACAAUGAGACGUUAGACGAGCAAGAGCCUCUACCGUACCGUAACAAGUUGAAAGUCAUUCAUGAAGUGUUGGAGAAAAAACCUGAAAAUGGAGCGCUCUUCCGGUUUGUCGCUGAUCCUCCGACCACUACAAUGCAGCGGCUGAAGGGAAUCACAACUGGUGAGAUACCUAGGGCUCUUUUAGUUGGACCAUAUAAUAAGCUGCUACAAGUAGGCCAGGACAUGGAAAAAAUAAGCAGUUUAUACUUGUGUUUUCUUAAACGACCAUACUAGCCAGGGAAACAGCUGACCUCCUAUUAAGGCUGGUUUUUACCAACUGUGGAAUCGAGAGUUCGCGACAAAAUAAAAGCAGCCGAGAAAGCAGCCAAAAUUUCCUGAAAAUGAAAUUUAAGAAAACGGAGGCAUAAAAAGAUUUAUAUGUUCAACAGACUUAAGGUCACAAGAAUCAGAAUGUUUCUGUUUUCUUUGUUGCCUUUAUUUCAUCCAUUCAUUCAUUCAGUCAGUCAUUCAGCCAUUCGUUUGUUUGUUCAUUCGUUCAUUCAUUCAUUCAUUCAUUCAUUCAUUCUGUUACUGAUAAAUUCAAUAGUGCAUGACCCAGAUGACAGCAGGUAGUUUAACAAACUAUUAUUGAGAAGAAAGAGAAAUCUAAUAGCAGAAAGCUCAGAAAAAUUUCGAAGCUCCAGAUGAGAUUCGAAGUCACGACUCUCUGAGUUCUAGAUUGGGUGCCCUGUUCUCAAAUCUAAUACAGGCUACAUGGCUAGAAGGGUAAAAAUUUAAUUAUAUUAUUAAACCAGCUGUGGUGAACUGUUGCAAAAUUUAUCUCCCACAACAUCUUUUUCAGGAAGUCUACCUACAUUUGUAGAUGCUGGAAGAAACUUUGCCAGCUCAAAUAUCACGGAAGACCACAUUAUUUCUCAGCUGAAAUCUUUGCAGAAAAACAUAACCUUUAUGGGUGACGACACUUGGGAAAGUCUAUUCCCUGGCUUGUUCCACAAGUCCUAUCCAUUCCCAUCAUUUAAUGUCAUGGAUCUACACACAGUAGACAAUGGAGUCAUUGCACAUUUGAUUCCAGAACUAAAGUCAAAAGACUGGGAUGUGCUGAUUGGACACUUUCUUGGUGUUGACCAUUGUGGGCACAAAUAUGGUCCUAAUCACCCUGAAAUGGCCUCUAAGCUUACUCAGAUGGACACCAUAUUACGGUACAGUGUACGUAGUGUUAAAAACAAGCCAUGGGCUCAUAAAACUUCGUAAGGUGUUUAGGAAGGCUUAAAUACAUACAUGCAGAAGCUUUGUAGGAAUCCCCUUUAUAUAUGACUGGGAUGCCUGUCUGAGAAGUCAACAAAACCCUCCUUAAAAGUCAACAAAUUGUUGUUUUGUGGGUGUGGCUAAAAGUUCAUUUGGAUUGUAUGCUUUACAAGUAACUGAACAGUAACGGUGGCUCAAAAACUCAUGGGCUAACUAUUGGCUUAUUUAUGGUCAUUGGCCAGCUCGUAACUUUCUUUCAUCGUAAGUUAUUGUUAUCAUUACUAUGUCCUUUUAUUACACAUCCUUUCGUGACAUUUUUUGCGUUUUUUUCUUCAUACUCCCUUACAGCUCAGCAAACACAUCUUAACAAAUGGACAGACAGUGUCAAUUUUUCUGUCACUUUUGAGGAAAAAAUUUUUGAUAUUGUAUUCCCUUGAAGCUUUUCUUAUUCUUUUACUGGAUUCUUGUAUCUGAGCCAAAACAACAAAGGCAAUAAAGCUUUUUGCUACAUGGUUACUUAUUUAUGUUGCAGUGAUGUGAUUGAAACACUGGAUGAAGAUACAGUGUUGUUUUUGAUGGGUGACCAUGGUAUGACACGUACUGGUGACCAUGGCGGUGACAGUAAUGAUGAGGUGGAUGCUGCUCUAUUUGUCUACUCACCAAAGCCCCUUGUCACUUGCAACAUGAAAUGGGUGAGUGUGUACAAUUGGUUAAAUAACUAUCUUUUUAAAGCCAAGUUGAUUUCAAAAUUUAUCCAUCAUCCACGCGUCAAAUGCCACAUUAGUUCACAGGCAAUGGCAAUAUUUGGCUCAUACAUGAUUUAAAAACAAACAAACAAAGUUCACAUUAGAAUUUAAUGCUGGCUCACAGCCAAUGUUUCUUCAGAGGUUUGGAGCCCAGCCAGCCUGGAAAGAAGCUGUAUUUUUGGGUUAUCACACGCAAAAAGCGUUGCUCAUUCAUGCAAGAUUCAAGCGGUCUCAUGCGAGGAGCAUUUUCUCUCACACGGAAAAUACGAAGGUUCUUAGUGCGAGGUGAAAUAGUACAAAAGCAGGAGCCAUCAUCGUGGCUAAUGGAGGAUGGGUAUUUCAUAGAAAGCAGGCAUACACUUCUGUUCCUUUUUUUUUUCCUUUGAACCAUCAUUUCCAUAACUGUAUUUGUUUCUAUCUUCCUUUGUUAUGCUUAGAAAAGAACCACAAAAGUCUCUCAAAUCGACCUAGUCCCAACCUUCUCUCUGCUUCUUGGCCUUCCAAUUCCUUUUGGUAGCUUAGGGACCAUUAUACCGGAUCUUUUUUGUCACGAAGAUGCAGUGAUCUCUGAAGCUCUUUCAACAAACCACCUCAACCGUUCAAAAUUACGAGAAGUCCUAAACUUUCUACAGAGAAUUGCAGCUUUUGAGCUUAAUGCUAAACAAGUUCACAGAUAUCUCUCUACAUACACUUCGCUCUCAACGGAAAUCUCCAUGAGUGCACUUAAAGAACUCGAAAGAAUCUUAAACAACGCAACUUCAUUUGUUUCCGAAAUUAAACACGUGAUGGACCGCGUUGAAGGUGUCGAGGGGUUAACUGAAAAACUAACUGACGAAGAACUGGUGCAUCUUCAUGAAAGAUUGACCUAUAGCGAGGAAUUGUUCGUUGAUUAUCUCUCGCGGGCAAAGGCGUUAUGUCAAUCAUUGUGGGCAAAGUUCGAUCUGAAUUUGGUAUAUGCUGGUAUCUCUGUGUUAUUUAUUGCUAUUACCUCAGUGGGGGUGAUAUUGGUUAACAGGAAUGUGAAGUUGUCAGUGCUGGUGAUAGUUUCUUUAUUAAGCCUCGUUAUUUCCUCCGUAGUAACUUCAUUUAACUGUGAAGUCGUUAUCGUCAUUAUUACCUUUUUUAUUUCCGGAUUAAUACUUGGCGUUUCUGUCUUUCUUCGGAGGAUGAUCGUUAAAAAGACUUUGGAAAGCAAUGGCGGCUUCUUUAAAAGACUUUCUGCAGACAGCAUUUUAGCACUGGCUUUAUGCGUUUUUCAAUUUGCUGCCUCGUUUUCUAACAGCUUUGUGGUGAAUGAGGACAAAAUUGUCGCGUUCUUCAUUCAGGCAUUAAUCACAGUUAAAUGUGUUCAGGGCCUAUGGAAAUCUGGCCUGUGGGAAAACAGAAGACUCUUGCAAAGACAGAGUUUAAAGAAAUCUGGGAAAAAGGAGGCAAGGCGGCCCAGUGUAAAUGGGUUUCUUAUAAGGCUGUCUCUUACAUGGAUAACCUUUGAAAUUAUUACUAGAACUGCGGAAGGUCUGAAAGGUUGUAGAGAAGAACAGUGGUAUUGCGUGCCUUCAGAUUUUCUUAAACCAUUAUCUGCUUUAACAGAGGAAAGUUCUGCGUCAAGUAACCGCUUUUUACUUACCGUACUUUGCACGGGCGUGGUCCCGCUUUCUGUCCAGCAAUGGCUUCGUUACCAAGGAAACUUAAACGGACCUUCGUUUUUAGUAUUGUGCGUGAAGUACGCUCUGCCGUUCUCUUUUUUAUUAAUGUGCGCUCACUGGGCUUUACAGAUUGUCCCGCAGGAAAUGAAUUCUUUGCUGCCGGAAAUUCAACUCUGGCAGCAAAUCAUUCUGCCACAGGUGGUCUACUGUCUUUGUGUCGUGACAUUCGUAUGCCUUCUGUACUCACCACUGUGUAUCUACACCGUUUUCAGAGGAAGAAAAAAUUCGUGGACGGAGACUAUUGACUCCUUGCAGAAUGUCGAAGAUAGCUCUAAAAUAAUCCAUGCGUUAUUUAGAGAGAUUAAGCAGAAAAUGGAUGAUGUAGAUGGCAAAAAACAUCAUGUUGAAGAUGGUACUAGAGAUGGAGAAUCCACGCCAAUGGUUUACGGUUUAGCAACUGUAUAUUCAUCUGCAGUCUUGGUUUUAUCCUUGGCUAUUUUAUUGCCUUUGAUGAUGCUACUUGGUAAUGGAAUGUCAUUGUCUUUGGCUUUGAUGUGUGCACAAAUCCUCCUGUUGUUGGAGGUUCAUGGACUGUCUCAAGAUCUCGAAUCACAAAAGAUUGAUGGCAGUAUUCCAGGUUAGUUCGGCGUUAUCACACGGUGCUUAUUUCAGCUCAGUGGCGCUAGAUUUUGCGUGUCACUUCUUCAAAAAAUAGUUCUUUUACAUGUAGAAGCCAUGUAAUAAUGAAGUGUUUGUUUGUCCUACCACCCUCUUCUAACUAUUUGUCCGUUUAGAAACGAAAAGGGAACUGGGACGAAUUAACUUUCGCAAAGAGUUCUGGAACUAUUAUUAGCGACAGGGAAAAAAAUAGGCCAUUUCCGAGUUGCAAAAAAUCUCACCUUCAAAACGAGGCUAGGUGCGAAACCUUUGUUGUGAAAAUGAGUUUUAUUUGCAUCAUAAUUAAAAAUCAUUUUCAUAUCAAUAGCUUCGCACUUAGCCUCGCUUUGAAAGUGAGAUUUUUUUGAACUCGAAAAUGGCCUAUUGGCCAAAAGCUGACCUGCGCAUUCCCAGAAGCAAUUGCGGGACGCAUCUCGACCCCAGUUUCCUUCGCAUUUCUAAAGUUUCGACUGCUCUCCGGAAGUACUCUUUUGUAGAGCUACAUAUAUCAGUCGGCCAUCAGACAAUGUCCGACUAAAAUUACCCAUGUUCGACUAAAACCCUCGCCGGAGUCGGACAUGAUGACCACACUGUCCAAGUGCCAAAGACUGUCGUUUUGACGUCGAAGAUUUGCGUUGUAUUUAAAGAAAUUAAAAGGAAAUGCAAUGUAUUAAUGUAUGACCCAAAGAUUUUUGGCGCGUUCGACUCAAACGGAGACUUGGUGGGACAUACGUUCUUUCUGAAAAGAUAAAUUAUAUGCAGCACGGUUUAGAUCUGGACGUUUCGACUCCGGUACUUGUCUUCCUUUAUUCCUUGCUCAUACAUAGUGAUGUCAUCAAGUUUACAAACACUGCCAACUUCAAUUGUAAAAGUGAAGUCAUCAACCCUAAUUGUUUACUCAAUGCUGCUUUAUCAGAUCCCUCGUGGAGCGUAGUUGUCCUGUGGCACUUCCUCGCGUCAUAUUACUUCUACUGCACAGGACACCAGGCUACAAUCCCCUCUAUACGGUUCGAGGCUGCUUUUAUUGGCUUUCCAGGAGAUAUGGAAAAUAUCGUUUUACCAGGUUAGUCAGAGAGCUGUAUACUAACAUGCUCCGGCAAAGCUGUGAGAUUUCCUACAAAUUACACCACGUUAUAGUUAAACCAAGGCCGAAUUGACUUCAGGGACGGAAUCAUACUCUUAAUGCUGAGAUUAAUUACCGUGUACUCGUUAGUUUUGACAGCCCUGUUUAUUGUUUAUUGUUUAUUGUUUUGUUUGCCAAAAAUUAAACAAAUCAAAUAAAAUCUAAUUACCUUAACUCUCAUGGCGAGGAAGCUCAAGAGAAGCCACCGGGCUUAUAAGGAAUGGGCUCCCUCAGUUAGAUAAGUAGAACAAAAUAUUAUCAUAAUUACACACGGGAAAAUCAAUGGCAGAGCUACAGUAAAUCUUAAAAUAAGUAUAUUAGAUAGUCGUACUAAUCAUAGUUCUAGGCUGAAAAAAGCGAAAUGACAAAAAGAAAAAAACAAAACAAAACAAAAGAAAAUAAAAUAGCAAAGGAAGAAAAAAAAAUACAUAUAUAUGUAUAUAUAAGUUACUAUUUAUGAUAAGAGGAAUGCUUUCAGCUUACAGCAAAAGGAAGCGGUACUUGUUGCAUUUCGAAUUUCAAAACUAAGAGAGUUAAAAAAUUUAGGACCUUGGAAACUGAUGGAGAACUUUCUUAUAUUAGUCCUGCAUUGUGGUAAAUAAAAAUGCUCCGAACUUCUAGUGCCAUAAGAAUGCACCUGGCGUGUCACCAGAAACAUGUUAAAAGAGGAAAGAAUACAACUUCGAACCCUUUUCUUAUCCCGAGACUAAACUAACAUGUUUUUUUUUUGCUCAAGUUUCUUUCAUUCUCGUGACAAGUAAUAUAGCCAUUCUAUUGGUCUAACAAAUGUUCACCUUUUCAAUUCAAAUUUCAGGUCUUCUUAUUCUCCUCAACACAUUCGCCGGGCCAGUCUUUUUUGCCGUUAGUCUUCCUCUUCUCCUGUUUUGGCCCCAAAUUCCGAACCGUCUACUAGGGACUGGUAACAAGAAUGGACAGCAGUCAAGUAAAGGAGAAUUUGAUUGGAUCGAAGCCCCGGAACUGCUGAGAACCCGGAUGUUUCGCCUCAUUGUCAUGUACCAGAUGCUUAAUGGCGUUAAGGUUGUUCUAUAUUUCCCUUUUGAAAAUGGAUUCCAGUCUUUGUUUCUGUCGCAGUCUGUUUCUGUCGCAGAACUUCCUAGCCCAUAGCCGUUCCCUUUCCUGAUUAUUUUGGGACAAAUGCAAUAAUUUCUAGCAAUGAAAUCGCGUGAGAGGAAACCUAAUAAUCUUGUAGCCUUUGAAAUCUUUACUGAGCGCGCAGUAAAAACCUUUGUUAGAUGUAGAGGGCAGUUCGCGUCCUUUUCCGCUUACAUUUGAAGUACGAAAUUUUUGACCGUACAGUAAGAUGACCCCGAAACGUUCUUGCGUUGCCCUGGUUGCCCUGUAAAUAAGCUUUUUAGAGAGGGUACGCAGUUGCUUGCUUUACUCGGGCUUUACUUUACCUGGUAUUCCCAACUAAAAGGCAAGUUCCCGUGCAAAACAUAAACCGAGAACUCACCGAGUUCUUGGCGAGCUUAGAAUGCGGUCAAAGAGAUCUCGACAACCGAGGGUUUAGAAUCUCAUCGCAAAUCCUCAUAUAUCAGCGGCUAAAACUUUUGCCUGGAAAUUGCCUUCGGUGUUUGUAUACGUACGUGAUGUAUUACGCUGAUAACGUUCCAAAGAAGUCUGUGUGUAUUUGUUAACAAAUUUCGUCCACCAAGACGUUCCUAGAUAUCCAUAUGUAUUGAAUGCAUGAUCAGUGGAUUGCAAAAACCAAGACCUAAGUAAAUUGAACUCUAACUGAGAAGAUAUUAGAAACUUUUUAAGAAAACCUGCGAGAAUGCUUUAAGGUCUUCAUUCUUUUAUCAAAUAAACCAGCACACAAGGCACUUCUUAACUGAUUCACGGACACGUUCUCGUUCAUGCACGAAUUCUUCGUCUUGCUGCUUUAUCUAUUCAUCGUACUUUAUCUUAACUUGGAUGAUUUGUUUUUACAGCUUUUGGGAACCUGUUGCUCUGCCGCGUUGCACCGUCGUCAUCUUAUGGUGUGGAAGAUUUUCGCGCCGCGAUUCGUUUUUGAGGGCGUCUCGUUCCUGUUGACCACAAUCGUGCUGGCUGCCAGUUUUCUGUCAGUUCUUAGAGUGGAUCAGGCGUUGCGAAGCUGGUUUAAGAGACUUGAGACAUCCGAUGAGUGGAAAAAUAAGAACAGAUAGUUCAUUUAUUCUUCACAUCCUUUGGUGUGUAAUCUUAAAUCACAGUUUAAUUCUCGAUCUUUAAAGGCGCCUUUGUCUAAGUACCGUUUAUAUGAAAUGUUUCUUUCUUAGCCAAACUGAU